CUUUAUUGCGUGGACCUUCUGAUUUUUUUCUUUUCUCAGAAUUAUUAGGUUUUUCUUUUUUUUUUCAAAUUAAUUAAGGGAAACGAAGAACUGCAAGGACUUCUUUUUUGAAGUUUUCAGGUCUCUUUUUUUUUUUUUUUUUUCCCAGCAUGGUCGGUGAAUGAGUUCAGAGAGAGGGCCAGGUCUAGAGGCACCAAGGUGUGUACAGCAGCUGACAAAAUCCAGCGUGGAGUACUCUGGCAACUGAAAUAGGGGAAGGGUUGGUGGGACACAAUAAUGAAGGAAGGUUCUUCUAGCUUUGAGGUAGGCCCCACGUCAAGUGGAGCUGACGAUGGGCCCCGAAAGCGGCGGACUGCUUUUGGUGACUCAUUCACUGGAAUUGGAGGGCCUGUUGCCUUCAAUAGAGAUGACGGGCUAAGUAAAGGAAGAGGACCUGGUGAAGGGAGUAUUGGUGAUGGUGACAAUAGUGGAGGGGAUGGCGAUUUCGACAAAGGCACCAGAAAGAGGAGGAGAGGAUUGUCAGGAGGAGAGGAGGCAGAGCUCUUGGAUGUGGGCGAAACAAAAGACGAUCCAUCUGUUCCAGGCCUUAAACUUCGUUUGACCCGGAAGGGAAUUUCCUUCAGUAUUUCCAAGAUAAAGAAGCCAGAGGACGGGGGUCCAUUAAUGAGUGGGGGCUGUGAUGUAGCCGAAGAGGGUGAAGAGAUGGAACAAGAGGGGGAGGAGGGAUGGGCAAGAGAAUUGACGAAGCAGCAAAAGAGGAAGAAGUCAUCUCCUGGGUCAUCACCAAGCCGUUUUGGGUUGGACAUGCGGCCAUCGGAAGGCGGCGCAGCUGGGAGGAAGGGAACUGGUGAGGAAGGAGGGACAGUGCCAACAGAUAAAAAGGCGAGCGCCAACAUAUCUGCUAUAGAGGCGGAGCCAGAGGAAGGUCAAUUUGGAGUUGAGAAAGUGGUUGCCAAAGAAGGGGAAGCAGCACUGUAUAAGUCCGUGAGGCCGCAUGGCUCUUCGCUGGCUGCCACACCAGGAGACUCUGUGCAAGAAGCGGGUGGCAGUGUAGGCGGUGGCCUGGGAGAUGGAGGGAACAUGCCGGUGCAGGUGGUUAAAGGAGAGAAAAUUCCAACUGGAAUGGUGGGAGCUGGUUCAACCCAAAUGGUCUUGGAAAAUCUCUCCCAAGGCCAGCAGGUACUUGCACAAACUAGCGAGGGUGAGACUGGUGUUGGGCCAACAGCAGCAAAGCGCCUAGGAGCAGACCCUACGGUUUCGGCAAUCCAAGCCGGCAAAGGUACGCUUGCACCAGCUCCAACCUCUGGAGGACCUCUGCCAACCGGUGGUGCGGUAGCUGCUAAGGAUGCAGCUCUGAAGGAGGUGUACAGAAUUCCUAGUCAUGCUGGGUGGUUUGUUUGGAAUAAGAUUCACCCCAUCGAACGACGUGCGCUGCCGGAGUUUUUUAACGGACGUUCUGCAUCCAAGACUCCCAAAAUAUACAAGGAAUAUAGAGACUUCAUAAUCAGCAAGUACAGAGAGAAUCCAUACAGGUUACUGACGUUCACGGAAGUUCGGCGGAUGCUGAUUGGGGAUGUGAAUGCUAUCCGCCGUGUGUUUGAGUUCUUGGACCACUGGGGUCUGAUCAAUUACUUGGCAACGGAUGAUUCAAAGAUCAAGCUGCCAGCGUGGGCAGGUUCUCCAACCACUCUGGUUGAAGAUGCACCAGGAGGCUUGCGUAUUGUGUCACCAGCAAUGACUCCUGCGAACAGCCUCUACAAAUUCGAACCACCUCAUGCCGGACCGCCUCCAGCAGCAAAACCUUCUGGAGGACUUCUGAGCACAAGAAAGAACGUGUACGCUCAGGCUGCUUCAGAUGCUGCACUGAAAGAGAUGGUGGGUGCAAAGGUGCCUGUUGUGGAGUAUCACUGCAAUGCAUGCGGGACAGACUGCUCCCGGCGUCGUUAUCACUGCCAGCGUCAGGCAGACUUCGAUCUGUGCCCAGAUUGUUUUGCUGACGGAAAAUUUGGGCCCGGGAUGACAGCAUCAGACUUCAUUAGGAUGGAUGCACAGUCGGAGAGAAACGAUCCCAAUAGUGACGAGUGGACAGAUCAAGAGACACUCCUCCUCCUGGAAGCUCUUGAGCUUUAUGCAGGUGAUAAUUGGCAUGAAAUCGCCGAGCAUGUGGGGACAAAAACCAAGGCUCAGUGCAUCCUUCACUUUAUCCGGCUGCCCAUUGAGGACCCCUUUCUUGAAGAGAUGGAAAUGGGUGGGGCAGUACAUACUGUGGACGUGCCUGCUGCUCCAGCAGAUGUCUCGCAGCCAUCAGAGCCCAAAGGAGGGGAAACGGCACAUGCUGCCCAAGGCUCCGGUGGUAAUGCACUGUUGGCAGAUGCCCAAAUCAAGGAUAGGGAGGGAAGUGGAAAAGCGAGUAGCAGUGCACCUGAUAUGGGUGGAGAUGGCUCAGGGGAGGCUACAGAUGGCAAGAGUAAUAAGCGUGACGAGGAAAAGGACAAUCAGGAGGGUGAAACUGCAAAGCUUGUGGAAGCAGAGAAAAACUCAGGCAAGGAAGAGACCAUAAAGAAGGUGAAGGAAAGCAGAGGGGCCCCUGACAACUCGGAGGACUUGGUUGAGGCUUCUGCUGUGAUCGCCACAGCAGCUAGAAAAGUCCAAGGAGAAACCCUUAUUUCGAAGGAGCAUCUCCCACCAUUCGCGGAUGCAUCCAAUCCAGUCAUGGCGCAGGUUGCAUUCCUGGCAGCUAUGGUGGGGCCGCGGGUUGCAGCAGCAGCAGCGCAAUCAGCCUUGGCUGCGCUUAUGGAGGAAGGCCAGGGACAUCCACCAACAUCGCUGGAGUUAAGCAAGCAGGGAGUUGCAGGGCUUAAGGACACUGGAGUUAGCACACACACAAUGCUCACAAUAGAGAAGGCCAGAGGAACAGAAGGUGUCACAAAGGCAGCUGGUACGGCUGCGCAAACACAGAUUCUUGCUGGGAAGGAUAGUAGCAAGCCCACCUCUUGGGACCGAGGAAUGGAACUGUCAUCUACAGUUGCUGCCCCUAUGGAAGUAGACGCGAAAGACAAACCAACAACAGAAGAAGCUGGUGCUUUCUCGGCAGGUGUCCCAGGUGGCAGCAAGGAAACUGGUGACAAGGAGACGCGUUUGGAAGCCGCUCCACGAACAGAAGGUGAUGAUGGGGCAGAGGAAGGGAGUGCGAAGCAUGAAGCAGCAAAGCCUGUUGAAGAACCCCCUUCAGCACUUCAGGUCAGAGCAGCAGCGGCAACGGCCAUAGCUGCAGCUGCAGUGAAAGCAAAGCUUCUUGCAGAUCAGGAAGAGCGGGAGAUUCAGCGGCUGGUUGCCAGUGUCAUUGAAAUGCAGCUGAAAAAACUGGAGAUAAAGUUGAGGUACUUUGAUGAGCUGGAAGAUCUGCUUGAGAAGGAGCGUGAGCAGAUUGAACGGGCACGCCAGAAGUUGUUUGAAGACCGGGUCCGCCUUGCUGCUUCUCGACUCGCACGAAUGCCUCCUCCAGCGCAGCUCCUGUCUGCCAUGCCAGCUGGAAUUUAUCAGCCAACUCCUACCACACAUCCAAACGGAUCGACUGCAAUGGUUUCAGCAGGCACCCCACCCCUGGCAGCAGCUGUCAAUGCAGAGGGGAACAACGCCUCCACAUCCGCACUGCCACCGCUAUCACCGCUUGGAGCAGCUGGGAGUUUGCCAGGGACUACGGUUGGUGCUGCUUCACCUAUGCAGACAUCACCGCCAGGUGCUCCUCCUCAGGUUUCAGCCAUCCCAGGGGGAACGGCCUAUGUAGGGACAGUGCCAUGCCCAACGGUUCCUGGAGGUGGUACUUCGUCUGCUGCAGUAUCUGCAUUGCCCACAAGAAGCCGGUCAAUCCCUGCGAUUGUCACAGGCCAAUCUGCAGCGACGCUUGGACCAUUGGCAAACCCAGGAGCAUCCAUUCCAAAUUACUCUAUGCAUUCUUCCAUUGGGGGAUCCCCACUUGGCAGUGUGGCUGGAGGAGGGGGAAAAGGUGCAGCAAGGGGCUCUGUGAAAGGUUCAGGAACUGUGGCAAGUCACUCUUCAUCGAGUUUGGGCAUUGCCGCCACUGGUAUUGCAGGCACUGACAACCAGCCUCCUCCUCCAAUGGGUGCCAUAUUGUCAGCGUUGCCACCCCCUAUGACAAAUAUCAAUCUGUCAUCAAAUGUGAACCACUCCAGUGGAUUACCUCCGCCGACAGCAACGCAAACAGCGAGCACUGCUGCUACCACGUUGCAGCCUUCACUGCAGCAAGGAGGGGUGUCAUCCUCUAUUCAACAGGCAAUUGCCCCUCUCACAACAACAAGUGGGAAUUAGUUUGGUGAUUCUUUGGCACGCUGGCCUUUCCCAGGUCGUGUUUGCAUGGAUCGCCAAAGGCGACCUGCCAGGGUGACUGUCUGCAACAAAGGAAAAGUUCUGAGUGGGCAGGCAAGGCCAUGUGGGAGUGGGGAGAGGAGUACGGUGGUGCGUAGAGGAGCAAGGCACCACACCAAAGCAGCUCGAGGAUUGGCAUACUACAUCUGGUCUGAAGGCUUCAUGGUGGAUCGAAGAAGAGGAAGAAGCUCUGCACGAAGCCGAAGAAGAUCAAACGCAAGAAGAAGGUGGUCAAGCUUGCGACCUUUCAGUAUUGUAAGAUAGAUGAUACAGGAGACUCAGAGGAGAGGUCACUCGUUUUUGGAAGCGGUGCCUUCAUCGGGAAUGUGGGCCAGGAACUAUGGCCAACCAUUUUGAUCGAUCUCAAGUGUCGUUCCGUGCCUGUACCAGAAUGCCUCUCAGGAUUGAAGUUUGGCAGUAAGGCUCUUUUCUGGCCUUCAUGAGUGAAAAAAUAGGGAUUUAGGAAAUGGAGGGCUCACUGCCAAUCAUCCGAAUGAUUCAGUUGAAUGGGGCAAGGAGGCCAUUUUCUGGGGUGUUUAUUACGUUCGGCAGCUUUCACAGCCUCUUCCAGGCUGUUCGAUAAGCAUUUCUGAUGCGAACCACGGAAUCGGUUUAAAGGUUUUGAGCCUUUGAAAUAAGUCUC